AGGGCUGGGGUCGGCAUGGGGCACCCCAUUGCUCACCCUUUCUGAGAGGUGGGAGCGCAGGGCAGGGAGAGCCCCGAGGGCAGCACGGCCGCCGUGGGGGUCCCGGCCCCGGGAAGCUCAGCUCUGACGUGAAGGGGCUGGAAAUCCCCCAGCGGGUGAUGCCUGGCUGAGCCCACACGAGGUGCUGAGGAUCCUGGGGGCCGAGGGGCCGCUAUGACCCCCGAGAAGGUGCUGAGGGAGGGGGUGCUGGAGAAGCGGAGCGGGGGGCUGCUACAGCUCUGGAAGAAGAAGCGGUGCCUGCUGACAGAGAAGGGGCUGCAGCUCUUCGAGCCCAAGGGCUCGCGGCGCAAGGAGCUGAGCUUCGCCCGCAUGAAGGCGGUGGAGUGCGUGGAGUGGAAGGAGCGGCACAUCUACUUCACGGUGGUGAUGGACGACAGCCACGAGAUUGACUUCCGCUGCGCCCAGGAGGACCCAGGCUGGAACGCCGAGAUCACCAUGGGCCUCGUCCGCUUCAAGAACCAGCAGGCGAUCCAGGUCGUCCGCGCCCGGCACAGCUGCCGAGCAGUGGUGCAGUUCGACACAGCCCCAGUGGGACAGCCCAUGGACAUGCAGCAUCCAAGGAGUCGGAUGGAGAUGGCUCUCGGCUCGGCAGGAGGUGGGGAGAAUGGGAUCCCAGCGGGCAAGUGA